AAGAACUACAGCAGAGGUUAGACAACACAACGUUGAGGAACUAAAGGCAAGGUUAAUUAACUUAAAUGAGAAGUUCAGUUUGGACGUAAUCUAUCGUUGACAGCGAAAAGACCGAACUUUCCAUUGACCUUUUUCAACAGAACAGGUUGACUGUACCGACAACAUACCGAGGUCUUCAGAAUGAAAGAAUUAUAUUUCAAAGAUAAUUUCUGGAAUACAGAAAUCACCAGCACAGCUGGCUAUGACUGUUUAAUUCAGCAUCUGAAUGACGGGAAGAAGACAUGCAAAGAAAUAGAAGACUUCAUUAAAGCAAGGGCUUCAAUCGAGGAAAAAUAUGGGAAAGAUUUACUUAAUUUAGCCAAGAAGAAUUGUGGCCAGGGUGAACUCAAUACAUUGAAGCGAGCGCUCGAUGUCUUUAAGAUACAAAUUGAGAAUGUGGGGCAGUCUCACAUCCAAUUGGCACAAAGUUUGCGUGACGAAGCAAAAAGGCUUGAAGAUUUUCGUGAAAAGCAAAAAGAAGCAAGAAAGAAAGUGGAGCAACAUAUGGAAUCUUUUCACAAGCAGAAGGCAAACCUAUACAAGAAAACAAUGGAGUCAAAAAAAACCUAUGAGCAGAAGUGUCGAGAUAAAGAGGACGCAGAGCAGGCACUGAAUCGGAACACCAAUGCCAGUAACACCAAACAGCAGGAGAAGCUCUAUGCCAAAUCUCUUCAGACAAAAGCAGCUUCAGAAGAAGCAGAUCGAACGUAUCAGCAAAAUGUAGCAACACUGGCUAAAACCGUAGUGGAGUGGCAGAAGGAGCACAUAAAAAGUUGUGAGAUAUUUGAGAACCAUGAAGUGGAAAGGAUAAACAAUCUGCGAAAUGCUUUGUGGACUAACGUCAAUCAACUUUCCCUGCAGUGUGUUACUAAUGAUGAGCUGUAUGAAGAAGUGCGGAAGUCGUUGGAGCAGUGCAGUAUAAAGAAGGACCUGGAGUACUUCGUAGACCUGAGGAAGACUGGAGACAAUCCACCAGCACCCAUUCUAUACGAAAACUUCUACAAUGUUCAGAGGCCCCCUUCAUUUUCCCAAACUUCAGUUAAUGCUGGCAGGAGAGGACCAUUGCCAAACCCUGUGUCAGAAAAUGACAGCUUAUAUGCAACAGUGGGAGACACCAACUACAGUGUUGUGCGGUACUAGAGUACAUAUGCCUCACAGUAUCCCGUAUGGCUCAGAAGUAUUCAACUUCAUACACAAUAUUUGUGUAUAUGGAAAGCUGCACAGCCAUGGACGAUGUGUGUAUUUAUAUCAAUCUAAGACUGUAAUAACUCAGUUCUGCCCAGGCUAAGCAAGUAUGUUAUCCUGUAAGGCCGUCUAGACCCACUAUAAGAAUGAAGGUUGAGGCCUGCUCUACAAAUUCUCUUUUGAGAAUGAUUAGAAAAUGAUUCAGUACUGUCAGCCAAUCAGCUUCCAAUUCUAGUGGGCUCUAAUACACGGUAGAUGCCUGCUGGAAUGUCUCGGCACCAACUGUGAAUCAAAUUUAAAAUCAAUCUGCGCAACCGCUAGCUUUUUCUUUUUGACUUGCUGCAUUUUUAAGCGUAGUUCACAUCUAUUGGACAGUAAAUACUAAAUAAAGAGACAAUUGGUACAAAUUAAUUUUAUUAUCCACCAAACCAGCCAAUCAAUACUUUGCAUUGACGAAAGCAACCAAUCCUGUACCUGCAACUGCCGAGAGCCAAUCACUGACUGUCACCUCGACUGGAGCACAGACACAGCAUCUUUCAACAACAACAAAGCGAGACGCGGGCAGUUCAGUAAUAUUGCUCCAUUCAUAUAUACGGUAGAUUCAGUAGAGCUUUGGCUGAAGAUAGAAACAUGGAGAGUUAGAAGGUAUUUUAGAGUGGUAUUUAAUGAGAGAUUGUAUUGGUAGUUCAGACUCCAUCGUACACGGACUGUCCAGUAAUUGCUCCGUUCGUUCCUCAGGCAAUGUCCAGAUUAUAAAUAAAAUCCUAACAAGUUAAUAAAAAAAAUAAAAAUGGAUUUACUAAAUAAAAACUAAUUGUUUUUCUCUUUUAUAUGUAAUUCUUGUUUUUUAUUUAAAAAAUGUUCGGUACUAUUUUCUUAGAAUGUCUUUACUCAGCGGAAAGGUACCUGACAAACCAGUACAAGUUCAAGGUAAAUCUAGGUUUUAUGGUGUUUUUUUAAAGAAAAUAACGGUAAAAAUAAUUUUCUAAUAGCAAUAGUACCCUCUCGAUGAUGGCUCUACUGUGUGAUAGUUGACCUUGACUUUUGUUAGCACCCUCGCCUUUGGCUCAGGACCAUAACUCCCGCUGUGGUCAACUAUCACACGGUAGUGCCAUCAUCGAUGGGCACUAUCUCUUAAAUAUAUGUGUAUAGCAAAUGCAUUAAUCCAGCAGUUUAUAAUACAGUAAUUUAAUUGAAAGAAAUGGAUAGAACUACAGUACAAUACCCGAUUUUAGGGUGUAUUACACUUUUAUGUAGGUUAUGUGUUACUACAAGGUUAUGUGCACUUUUUUGUACAUGUAUGGUAAUGUUAUGAACUGAUAGUGUAGUGUGUGUCUAAUCUAAUCUAAUGGCUGCUGCAUUAUUCUCUUUAUGUUAGUGAUAAUAUUUAUCUACACAUCCUUAAGUGUUUCAAACAAGGACAUAUAAUGGUCUUGUUGGUCUGGCUUUGGUAAAUAUUUCAGAUUAUAUUUAAAAAUAUAUAUUAUUGGGUUGUUGUGGUAAUUCGUUUUUUGAGCUGUGUAGUUAUGGAAAUAAUAAUGCUAUUUUUCAUGCUAAAAUGUUGACAGCGGCACCGAUGUUAAUUAUUUUAAAACUGUAUUACAGAUGAAUGCAAUUUGUCUGAAUUGUUUCAAUAAAUACCUUGAUGAUA